AUGGAUGAGGGAAAUAUUGUCGUCCAAGAUGGUGAUGGUAGCGCGUCUGUCAAUGGGGUGGAGAAACGUGUGCCGGAGGGAGAUGGUGUCUCCUGCAGGAGUCACAAGGAGGAAGACGGGGACGAACCGGUGGCGCUCAAACGCCAGAUCGGUCUGGUGGGUUGCAUCGCCUUCGUAGUCGGUACCGUCAUCGGCUCCGGGAUCUUCAUCUCCCCGAAGGGCGUGCUGCAGAACACCGGCAGCGUGGGGUUGUCUCUCGUCGUCUGGGUCGCCUGUGGGAUACUCUCCACCAUCGGGGCUCUCUGCUACGCCGAGUUGGGGACGUGCAUUACAAAAUCCGGUGGUGAUUUCACGUACAUUUUGGAGAGUUUCGGCGCCGUGCCGGCUUUCCUGCGCGUUUGGACGCUCUUAGUGGCCGUGCGUACAGCAUCGUUUGCCGUACUUGUUAUUACAGCUGCAACGUAUCUUAUUCAACCAUUUUUCGGUGACUGUGGAGUACCUACGUCUGUAAUUCAAUUACUUGGAGCUACACUACUCGGUAAAUAA